CAUGAAUCAAUAUAUACCCCCAAUGUAUUUAACCAAUUAUCAAGGUUCACAGUUUAGUUAUCGUCCAGUGAUGUCUACCACUCCGACUCCGACUACCACUACCAGUGCCACUGUCACUGUCGGUGUUUAUCAACCAGUGAUCAAAUACGAGCCACAAAUGGUUACCGAUGAUGACUACAUACGGCCAUCGCCUCCGCCGCCGUUGUCGGCAUUUACUGGUAUCCAUGAAUGGUAUCGACAACAACAACAACAACAACCAGUGAUGAUAGUACAAGAGACAGAAGAGUUGAUGAAACAACAUCAACAACAACAACGACAACAAGAAAUGGUAAUACCAGUGAUACCAUCAAAGAUGACGAAUCAAGAGAUGAUAAUACCAUCGCCACCACCACUACCACCACUACCACCACUACCACCACUACCAUCACUACUGCCACCAUCACUGCCAGAGAUGAUGUUACCAACGAUGAUACGAGAGUUGAUGGUAAUACCAUCGCAAAUAAUAAAACAAGAAGUGAUACAACAACAAAAACAAUCAGAAGUGUCUUUACCACCACCACUACUGGAGGAGGAAGAGAAGGAUAAGACACCAACGAAAAGACGUCGUUGUCUGGCAAAAGAUCGCCAAAAGAAAAGCUUUGAAGAACAGCGACAAGAAAAACGUGAGAGCAAUAGGAUUGCUGCCCAAAGAUGUCGUCAGAAAAAGUUAAGACAAUUGGAUAGUUAUGACCAAUUGAUUCGGGAGUUGACCAAAGAAAAUGCCGAACUCGAGUCUAUUGUCAAACAAAAGAGACAGCAAAUGCUUGAUAUGAAAAAUCGUAUGAUUUAUCAUCGAUUCAUUGAAAAUAACUGUCGGAUCCAUUCGUAUCAAUGGUUAUAA